AUGAACGCUGCGAGCGUGGACGACCUUAGCUACUUCCCUCGACAUGCAGCGGAACUGAUACACCAGGACGAGGUCCACCGACAUCUACUUGAGUCAUUGUCCAAACAGAACAAGGACAUCACCAGUUUCUUUGGUGAAUUGCACAUCUACCUUCAGGUGGAGGAGCACAAGGUUAAGAAACCUUUCACAGAGGCAGUUGUGCGAUGCCAUGAAACACUCAUAUCAAUCCGUAAUGAAUUGGUGUCGAUAAAGGAGUUCCUCCAAUCAGCCAUGGAGAUCAGCGUAAUGGAGCCCUUAUCCCAACUACAGCAACAACAACUACAACAACAGAACUCCCCUGGAAAUGGAGAGGAUAUUGAUUCCUUUGAGGCUCUUCCAGGUUCAUUAUUGGAGUCAUUUAAAGGUGUCAACUUGUCCGAGGAAGCCGUCCUUCAAUUUGACGUGUCCACCACUCUCGCCAGGGUACAACAGCACAUCGAGGAGGUACGGUUCAAAGAGCCCAAGCACCAGAUCAACAAGCUGAACGUCCGAAUCAACGACGAGAGAACAAAGGAAAUCAAACAAAUGAUAUCCCAAUUGUUUGAACUCUCCCAGGCCGAGAGUGACAUAGCCCAAACUACCAAGAGCCAACUUUCCAUCUUCUCGACCGGCCAGAGCGGGUCCUUCAUGUUUGAUGUGGAGACUGGCAAGUGGAGUUCCUUGAGUGAGGACCGAGAGAAGCGCUCCUACAUGGUCAACUCAGUCAUUCACGCCCGUGGCUACGUCUAUGUGUUUGGAGGUGACACCAAGCUCAACACAUACAGUCGGUUUUCAGUGAAACACCAGCGUUGGGACCUCCUAGGGACCAUAAUCAAUGAGGAGGGCGGCAGCGGCAUUUCAGUGUGCUACGAUGGAGUUAGGUUCGCCUAUUUGAUUGGAGGUCAAAUGAAUGGACUCCUCACGCGUAUCGACCAGAUGGAUCUCGAGACCCACGAGUUUGCUCGUCUUGGAAACCUUCCAGUGCCCAUCCGCUUCGCCUACAGUUUCUACCACGACCGGAUACUCUACGUGGUUGGCGGAAUGGGCAACCGAGUGGACGAUGGUGACCAACAUUCCAUCUUCAAGUUCGACCCUGUCUCUCGCUCAACUACCUUCCUCCUUGAUGGAACAUUCGAGUUUAACCACGAACUGGUGUCCUGUUGCUUUGACGGCCGCGAGUUCCUCUACCUGUUGGAUGUUGAAUCCAACUUCUUUCGCUUCUCGAUCCAGACCAAGGCCCGGACUGUUCUGCCUCGCCCAACACUCAAGAACAAUCCACAGCGCAAGUACAAGUGCCAGAUGCUCAUGCUCAAGAGCAAACUCAUCUACUUUAUCGGUGGCCGCGAACACAACAACUUCACCUUCAACAUUGAUCUCAAUCAAUGGCUGCCCUUGGGCGACAACGACAAUGUGGACCGACGAUGGUGUGGUCUUACCACGGUUAUCAAGACUGGAUAA